UUGGACGGCUGCGGCUCAGUUUAAAUGCCCUCGAGCAGAGCCCCCAGGACUCAACAUCCACAGCGCGUGGGCGACUGUCGGCUCGAGGCAGCUGCUGCAACUCUGGACACCCGUUGCUACGGAAACAGCAAAGGCGGGAAAAUUACCAACAAAAGAAAUCCGCUGCCCGGCCAGCUGUGUCCUCCUCUUUUUAAAAUCCACACAGCUGUUAAAGACAGUCAGCCAUGUCGUCUACAGUGCUGCUGAAUCUGCUGCGUUGUGGUCGCUCCGCCGUCACCAGACAAACCUUCCUCGCCGUACGGUCCUCACCAGAAACCUCCACAGCUCCUGGACAGGUGGGCGGGGCUUUGUUGGGCGUGGUGGGCGUGCGGCAGGCCAGUGGGUCGAUCCGCUUCGACAGUGACGGCAGCGGCCGCCCGGUGACCUGGGACUCCUUUGGGAUCUGGGACAACAGGAUAGAAGAACCGAUACUGCUGCCCUCCAGUAUCAGAUACGGAAAACCAAUUCCACAGGUCAGUCUGUCUCGGGUCGGCAGUGCGUCUGUUUUGGGUCUCAGGAAGCAGAACGAGGACCGGCUCCGUUUCGCCCGUAUCAAUGACAACCUGUUGUACUUCGCCGUGUUCGACGGCCACGGCGGCCCGCACGCCGCCGACUACUGCUACACCUUCAUGGAGAAGUUUAUCAGAGACGCUUUGGUGGAGGAAGAGGACGACCUGGAGAAAGUUUUAAAGAAAGCCUUUUUAGACGCUGACAAAGCUCUGCACACACACCUGAGCUACUUCAACAACGCCUCCUUCCUGACGGCCGGCACCACGGCGACGGUUGCGUUGCUACGUGACGGCGUGGAGUUGGUGGUGGGCAGCGUCGGUGACAGCCGGGCGAUGCUGUGCAGGAAGGGACAAGCCACCAAACUCACCACAGACCACACACCUGACCGCGAGGACGAGAGACGCCGGAUCCAGAAGUUCGGCGGCUUCGUGACGUGGAACAGCGUGGGUCAGGCGAACGUGAACGGGCGGCUCGCCAUGACUCGCAGCAUCGGAGACUUCCACCUGAAGAACAGCGGCGUCAUCGCUGAGCCGGACACACAGCGGCUAAACAUCCAUCACGCCAGCGACUCCUUCCUCGCUCUGACCACAGACGGCAUCAACUUCCUGCUGAGCGACCAGGAGAUCUGCGACGCCAUCAACCAGUGUCACGACCCCACAGAGGCGGCGGACGUCAUCGCCCAGCAGGCGCUGCAGUACGGCUCGGAGGACAACUCCACCAUCAUCAUCGUGCCCUUCGGAGCGUGGGGGAAACAUCAGAGCUCCACCGCCGGCUACAGCAUGAGCAGAAACUUCGCUUCAAGCGGGAGAUGGGCGUAGACGACGCCAACAAACAGAAACAUCACACAGUUUUUUUUUAACUAUUACUUGAACACAAACAUUUUCCAAACUCACAAUCAUCCAUAAACGUCCCUGACUCCACCUGACGAGGCCCCUCCCCCUCCGUAGCGCCGGCUUUCGUAUGAACCCACCUGUGUUAGCUUCCAGCUGACUAGUCACCCGUGUAUAUAGAGUGUAUAUUAUUAUAUUGUACAUACAGAGGGGUUUGCUGCAGUGUUUCUUCAUCGGUGUGUGUGCGUUGCAUCAUGUGCAUGUAGACGAAACAUUUUAACCUCCCUCAUUUUUUAAAACUGACGACUUUUACUAUUUUACUUUAAGAAAUUCAACUUAAAUUAAAACGACUUGUGUAAAAAAAAAUACUUUUUUUUCCUUUCAGAUAAAAGUAAAAUGUCAUUUAAAAUUUCCUGAGGGAACAUUACUAUGUUGUACGGUGAUGAAAUAAACAACUCAAUUAAAGAACAAUUAAAGAACCAUGAAAUAAAAUGCA